AUGAUCUAUCCUAAUACAUAUCCAGUGAUGUACUUAUUUCAAUAUCGAGGUGCAGGAUUAAGUAAACCAUCUAUACAUUGUCAUACAGCAACAACAUGGACUGGUUGUGCUGAAGAAUUAAUUAAUACAACAGUACCAUUAUCACCUGAACAAUCACUAAAAAUUAUUCAUGCAAUGUCGAAUCAGAACAUAGCACAAGAUUUACAAUAUCAAAUUCAAUUUACGAUUAAUCAAUCACAGCCAAUAUCUCAACAAACAUCAACAUAUAUCUAUGGCUUAAGUCAAGGAACUGGCAUUAUUGAAUAUUAUUUAUCCAUUCAAUCGAUCAAUUCUCAAUUACAAAUAAUCGAUGGAGUUAUACUUGAUGGUAUUAUGUCGAUCAAAGAUUCUGAUGCAGCUCGAAAUCAAAUCAAAACUCAUAAUGAUCGAUUUUAUAUGUAUAUAUCGAAAUGUCAACAAGAUACACAAUGUUUGAAAGCAUUCAAUACUGUCACAGGUACUGAUCAAGAUCUUCUCAGUGUAACAUUACGAUUACAAAUGUUAUUUUUAACAAAUAAAACAAACCCUCUAUGUACAUAUAAUAAUGGAUUAAAAGAUUGGCAACUCUUUAUUCAAAUUGCAAGUGAAGGAAUUAAAAAUGUUGCUGUUCGUCCAGUAGCAAUAAUCUUAAUAGCUCGUCUCUAUCGAUGUUCUUUAGAUGAUCAACAAAUCUUAUCUCGAGCAAUACCAAUAAUGAUUUUCCUAGUUCAACAAGCAUCAUCUGGUCAUUUAAUUGAUCCACCUGAUAAUUAUCAAAAUGAUGGUAGUGUUCUAAGUAUAACAACGAUUUGGAGUGAUUUUAUUGGUCUUACUUUAAAUGAUAGUAUUAAAACAAAUUCAGAAUUUUACAAUGAUCUUUGUAUUAAUAAUAGUGUUGUUAAUGAACUCUAUUUAGCACCAACAGGCACUUUACCAAUAUGUAACGAAACAAAAUUAUCAAAAUAUAAUUAUACUUUACCUUCGACAUUUAAAGAUGUUCUGUAUCCUAAAAACCCACGGUACUGGGGUCAAUUUCAAGUCAAUCCAAGAAUAUUUCGUUCUCGUCAAAAUGGAGCACUGCUUUUCAAUGGAGAUUUAGAUUAUAAUUCGCCUUUAACAACAGCACAACAAGUUCAAACAUCGUUUAAUAUGCAGGAAAUUUCAACAAAAUUAGUUGUUAUGAAAGGUUUAACUCAUGUUACAUCUAUUCAAUCUUACACGAAAAUCGGUGGGUUUGAAAUGCCAUCAUGCACUGAACAGAUCAUUGUACAAUUUCUAUAUCAACAAGAAUUAAAUUUAACUUUAUCAAAACUCAAUGAUACAUGUAAUUCUAUCGAUACUCUAAUUGGAAUUGAUUGGUUUUAUAAAAAUCCAACAGUUAAUCAAACGUUACAUUCCGUAUUUGGUAAUUCAACAUACAACUAUUGGGGAAUAAAUACUUCGAAUUAA